CAAAAACGAGCUCCAGCACACAUUACCAUGGCAAUGAAUACGGAUAGGAGGAGGAUUAAUGCUCCGAGUGGUGGCACGUCUGCACCGGUGUUUGCGAGGACGGUGAAGGAACAGGGGUAUUUGCAGUCGCUGCGACCAGCUAGGACGAGGGCCCCAAAUGACCUCCGCAAAAUCUUCCUUCAAACAUCAAUCAUUCCCUCCGCCUCCGGCUCAGCCUACUACGAAAUCCCCUCAGACAUCUCACCCUCACCAAAGUCUCUCAUCCCACCUACAUCCUCCCUGAAAAUUGUAGCCAGCAUACAAGGCCCCAAACCCCUCCCCCGCAGUGCACCUUUCUCCCCAACACUCCUCCUAACAACGACCGUCAAGUUUGCACCAUUCGCGACCCGGAUCCGGAGAGGAUAUAUUCGGGACUCAAUUGAGCGGGACUUGGGAGUACAUGUGGAGGCAGCGUUACGGGGUGUCAUAAUAGGAGAACGGUGGCCCAAGAGCGGCGUAGAAGUCGUCCUUACGAUCCUGGAAGCAGACGAAGAUGGGUUCUGGGGAGACGGUGGGAAAGGAGAAGGAAGUGGCUGGGGCCUGUUGAAUGUAUUAGCAGGGUGCAUCACAGUUGCCAGCGCGGCGAUAGCAGAUGCGGGGAUUGACUGUGUGGAUCUCGUGUCUGGAGGUGUGGCAGCCAUUGUGCCGAAUCCGGAGUCGAAGAAUGGAGAAGAGACGGAGGUGCUCAAGGUUCUAGAUCCGUCGCCGGCGGAGCAUGAGGAUAUUAUCGCCGCUUGUGCUGUGGGCUAUCUCGCCGGACGCGACGAGAUCACGGAGAUAUGGAUGAAGGGCAAUGUGGGAGUUAGCCCUGAUGAUCUUGUCGAAGGAGCUACAUACGCAGCCCUGGGAAAUCUGGCCGUAUUAAAGGAGGUGCUUCUUGAAUCGAUCCAGGCAAGGUUCGCAAGUCAACAACCUCAAUCUGGCGCAGGAGACGGAGCCAACGCCAAAGAUGGGCCGCAACAAGACGUCGAGAUGAGCGGAUGAGCCAAAUCUCGAACACGACUUGGUAUAGUGGAAUCGUUUUCUCCCAUUCACCGGUCUUCUGAGAAAUGGUGUCACAGCCGUUGGUCAGGAAAACCAUCACUCGCAAUACGCAGACAGGAAUUUGUGGGUCCUGUUAGUUUCUUUCAUUUGGACAACGCCAUCCGUGGGGCAUGGUUGAAAGAGAUCCAGGGGUACUUCUUCGAGUGUGUUAUUUUCCAUGCAUAGCGUAGGCGUUUGGUCUUGGUCGGCGAUACCAUGGGGCGGCGGAGAACAGUGACGCCCUAUUCUGGAAAGAUCCUGUGCUUGAUUCGUGUUAAGGGAAGAUAGGGUGUUCAAAAAUGAGUCCGUACUGUUUGCGUCCUUGAUCUGCUCAUUAUAUUGUAGUAAAAGAGCUACUGCGCCGUUACCUCGCUAACUGCUAUUCACAAGCUGUAUU